CGAUAAGAAGCGCGAGCAAAGAAAUCAACUGGUUUAUACAACCCUGCGACAAAGAUAUUGGAUAUUUGACGGAUGACAUUGGAAAUCGCCUCAGUAAGUUUGCUGCGCUUGUUUUGGUGUUGGCGGGUCAGACCAUCUGCUUCUAUCUUCGAUUACUAAGUUGUCUAGCUCUGAGGCUUGUGUCAUUGACUGUUGUCAUCUGUUGCUUUCUAUAGUAAAUUAGAGAAAUGUCCGGUCCCUCAAAAUCAGAUGUUAUAAAUUAUAUCAAGUCUAUGAAAAUCGAAAUAAAGUCAUUGUCAGCACGAAUAAAUUAUCUUACACGUUAUGUAGUUCAACAAAGGCGCCAGCUAGGUUCUGCAUUGAAAAAGAUUUCAUCUCUGGAACAGUCUUCCAAACAUUCGUUGAAUCGAUCGAUAGGUGUAUGUCAUUCACCCCAACCUAAACGUUCUGUAGGAUGUCAGAUUUCUCCAGGAUCAAACCCUCUUACUUCUGUAUCCCCUGAUAUGAAUGAAGUAUCCACAAAUAGUGAAUCGUUUGAAGACUUGCAUAAAUAUUUUCAACCACCCGAUAGUAUAAACUCACCAAUGUUUAAUAAACCUCAAAAGCCGUCAAGCCCACUGGUUCAAUCACCUUCAUCUCCAAAUAAAUCUGUAGUUUUUCUGAAAAAGAAAAAAAGACGUUCUUCAAUCAUUCCAGUUCAACUUCGCAAAAUAAAGAAAAUUACUCAAUCCCCACAUUCAUGUCCAAAGACUCCUGAACAAAAUAUCCGUUCUCCUAAAAAGAGACAUCGACGAGCGUCACAAAAGCGUUUAAUGAAAUAACAUUGUGAUAUAUGUAUACGUUACUUGGUAAUUGAAUAUGUUUUUUCUAUUACAAUAUUUCAACUAUUGAGAUUAACUAUGCACUUUGGAUAUUUGAUGUAAAGAUCCAUAAAUAUUGAUUCAAAUUAAGGGAUUACAAUACAUAUUUUUUUAAAACUCACCACUGAUGUGUGUCUUUUGAUAUUAAUACCUAUUGCAUGAUGUGAUCUAUCAAUUAAUAUUCAUUCUUAGAUGACAAAGAUUUGUAGCUUAGGAGAAUGAUUUUGGGGAAUUUUUGUGCUCUGAACUCUGGUUUAAUCAUGAAGAUUUCAUUGUUUUUCUGGACAACAUCAGCACAAUCUUUAGGUAGAAGUAUACUAUUCGAAUAUUUCUACAUAUUUCUGACAGUUUGUCCUUUUGACAUUUAUUUUGAUUGGUUGUUAUCGUCCCUUGUUUGUACUGGUGAUAUUUUCUUGAAUGAUUAUAGAGAGUUCACAAACACUUUCAUUUAUACAUGUUUAUUAUAAAUAUUUAUUUCAUCUACCAAGAUAUAAAUAAUAAGCCGGGUUCAAAUCUAAGUCAUUCAUAUUUCAUUUCAUCUAUAUAUAUAUAUAUAUAUAU